GUGGUUCGGGAUAGCUACCCGCAAGGGGAUAAAAAUAAACCAUGAACAAGGAGGCAGCUGAGGACUGCGUGGAACGGGCCGUGAAGUACCUUGCCGAAGGUAAAAUCGAGAAAGCGGAAAAACUUUUAAACAAAUCGAUUACACUCCAUCCAACGGAACGGGCUAAAGAGCUGCUUAACAAAAUCAAAUGCGGAGCGUACGCGGAAAGUGCUCCAUCAGGUAACACGUCCGACGAUGGCGUCCGGCAGCGAGGCACGGCCAAGGGUUCCGCACCGAAGGCGGAAAGUGGUAACGAGACGGUAGAAUACACACCGGAACAGCUGGAAGCAGUAAAACGGAUCAAGAAGUGCAAGGAUUACUAUGAAGUGCUUGAGGUAGCGAAAGAUGCGACCGAAUCCGAUAUAAAGAAGGCCUACAAGAAGCUGGCCCUGCAGCUGCACCCGGACAAGAACCAUGCACCGGGUGCGGUGGAAGCAUUUAAAGCGAUCGGCAAUGCGGUCGCCAUCCUGACGGAUGCUGACAAGCGACGAUCGUACGAUCUGUACGGUCCGGAAGAGCAUCAUCAACCGACGGCGGCACGCAAAACGCGCUACCAGUACGAUUAUGCGUAUACGCGCGGGUUUGAGACCGAGUUUACGGCCGAGGAACUGUUCAACAUGUUUUUCGGGGCCGAAAUCCCAACUCAGCAUGUGUACACACGACAAAGACGGUUUCACCGUGCCGAACAGCAGCAGUACAGGGAGCCCCAAUCUGGGAUUGCCGCGUUCAUCAAUCUGCUGCCAAUUAUACUGCUUAUCGCGCUGUCUAUGAUGUCGUCGUUUUUCAUUUCGGAUCCAAUCUACAGCCUUACACCGAGCCAAAAAUUUUCGGUCGCUCGCAAAACGAACCAACUGAAGAUACCGUACUAUGUGAAGGAUAACUUUCAUUCCGAGUACCAGGGAUCGGUCGGUCGGCUAGAAGCAUCAGUGGAGGAGGAAUAUUUAAACAAUCUAAAGCAUUCCUGCUACCGAGAGCGAAAUUACAAAGACACGAUGCUAAUGAAGGCACGAAACUUUGGCGACCGAGAGCUUUACCAUAAGGCGCAAAGCAUCAACACACCGUCUUGUGAUAAAUUACAAAGUUUACACAACUAGUCAAAUGCAGCCAAAUCGUGGUUUUUCUACUACGACAGCUGAGCGCAAUU